AAAAAUCUGACUGGAGCCGCAGCAGCAGCACGAGGAACCCUCGAACACAUAUCAAGUUUCUCUCACACUUCCGGGUCCUGUGACUUAUCAGGUGGUUGCUUUGCUUUGUUGAGCGGCAUCAGGAGGAGGAGGAGGAGGAGGAGAAGGAGAGUUAGAAAAAGGGGGCAGACGAAUGUGAUCCCUGUUGCGUCUGGUCCUCUCAGCCCCUCUGACCGGUCAGCAGCAGCAGCAGCAGCAGCAGCUCCUCACAGGAAGCCUUCAUGAGCGAGAAAGCAGAAGCCAACUAAAAAAAAAAAGAAAAAAAAAAAAGUUUUGUUUAAAAGAAAAAAAAAAGUUCCGUCGGUGUCGGUUGUCAAGCAUGGCCGGCGGCUCGGUGUCUGAGUGCAAGGAGUACUUGUUCAAAGUGCUGGUCAUCGGGGAGCUGGGCGUCGGGAAGACCAGCAUCAUCAAGCGCUACGUGCACCAGCUCUUCUCGCAGCACUACCGCGCGACGAUCGGGGUCGACUUCGCCCUCAAGGUGAUCAACUGGGAUAGCAAGACGCUGGUCCGGUUACAGCUGUGGGAUAUCGCAGGUCAGGAGCGAUUUGGGAACAUGACGCGGGUGUACUACAAAGAGGCCGUGGGGGCCUUCGUGGUGUUCGACGUGACGAGGGGCUCCACGUUCGAGGCGGUGUCCAAGUGGAAGCACGACCUGGACAGCAAGGUGAAGCUGGCCAAUGGCAACCCCAUCCCCUCGGUGCUGCUCGCCAAUAAGUGCGACCAGAAGAAAGACAGCUCCAACAACACAGCCCUAAUGGACAAUUUCUGCAAAGAGACCGGCUUUCUAGGCUGGUUUGAAACCUCGGCUAAGGACAACAUCAACGUGGACGAGGCGGCACGCUUCCUGGUAGAGAGCAUCUUGGCCAACGACAAAGGUUUGCCGUACGAGGAGAGCAAUGGAGACCGGAUCAAACUGGACCAGGAGACUGUGGCCGCUGAAAGCAAGUCGGGCUGCUGCUAACACUCAGUUCAUUUGUAAUUUUGCCAUUCGCCCUGCCUUCGGCCAGCUCCAAAACCCUUUCACCCAGGUCGUGUUUCUCAGCCUUCUACUGCAGCCUCUCGGAGGGAUAUGUAUUUUUUUUUCUUUUUUGAAUCUUCAAAGCCCCAGGAUCUUCUCCUCUCUGCACUGAUGCCCGUUCGACCUACACAUCCAAGUUCCUCUUCUCUGUCCUUAAGCCAGAAUAGAAGCCUAGUUUUAUUGGUAUGUUCUUUGUGUGUGUUGCAUUUCCCCGAUUGUGUAUGAACUCCACCCAGCCCUCCACACCUGAACCCUGCUGCCACUGAAGUCCUGGACUGAACCAUGGCGCAAGAAGUGGUGCGACUAAACUGAAAGUUGAAAAACACAACCCGUAGCCUGUUGAUUUCUGUCACCCUGGUCUACUCUCUCCUCAGUUUCCUUGUCGGUUCAGUAUUACUGAAGUUGUUCCUUAACAUUUUUUACAGAAAAAUCAUGUGUGUGUAUCAGGCCGUUCUUUAGACUAACAUGUAAAAAAAAAGGAUGCAGAGAUAACGAGAUAAGCAAAUGUUAUCUAUUCUCAUAUUGGUGUCAUAAGCUGUCGUCUGUCUGCCAUAUUCUCUCUGAAAUAAUGUGCCAUAUUACAGUUCUUACUUGGUGUGUCAAUUAGAGGUGGACUUUUUUGGUUCUCUCACACGUUUUCAAGGACUGACGAUACAGUAUUUUCAGAAAAAAAACGUAUAAUGGUACUAUAUCAGACUCUGAGAACUGUCUGCUCUGUUGUCUUCUCGUCUGUAUAAAAAGUUAGAUCUGAUUCACUUGAUGUAUUUUUUUUUUCUAACAUGUUGGGUUGUGCAUUAUACAACCGGUGAGUUGUCUUAAGAACAGAAUCUGACGGACUACACUCUCUUGUACAUAGGGGAUGAUAUAAAACUAUUAAAAGUAUUCACAUUAAAUAAAAAAAAGGAUAUUUUUAACAUGGAGUGGAGAUUAAGUUUUCAUGUGAAAAUACUUUAAAAUCUAUGAGACCAAAAUAGAAUAAACAUUUUAACAGA